AUGCGAAGAGAGUGCACAUUCGAGCCAAGCAGCUAUAAUAUUCUGUUGAGUGUGAUAUUCUUCUGUGUUUUUACGCUCUCCCUAAUGGGCAACUUCCUUGUCAUAUUUACGAUUCUAUCGAAAACACAUAGGACACGUUCAAUCACAAACUUCUACCUACUGAACCUUGCUGUGGCCGACUUAUUACGCAGUGUGGUAUGUAUGCCGUUAACACUACUGAGCGAGCUUACUAGGUGUUGGCUACUUGGCCGAAUGAUGUGCAAAACGGUCGCGUUUCUACAACCCGUCGGCGUUUGUGCGUCAGCCUACACAUUGGCAGUGAUUGCCGUUGAACGAUAUUAUGCAAUAUGUCGUCCACUACAGUCCCGUAAAUGGAAGACCAAGAAACGUGCUCUAAUCACGAUCUCUAUGGUAUGGCUAUUCUCCUUCAUUUGUAAUGUCGGUUCAUUAUUUAUAUUCGAUAAUGUGCCUUUUGGUAAUCAUUGGAAUUGCGAUACAACAAAAGGACCGCUUAUCGAUUUCUUCUAUCAGCUCUAUGUGACACUGGUGCUGCUGUUCAUUCCACUUUGCGCUAUGGUCAGCCUCUAUGGACAUGUUAUCUAUGCACUUUCAACGGUCAUAGUCAGCGACAACUCCGUCGACCCCGUCGUUCAACAGUCAAUCAUGCAAGAGGAGACACUACCAUCUGCACACCCACCCAAAUCCAGCAUAGUUCGCACAAACCUCACUCCUCGUCUCUUCGGAGCCUCUCCAGACUUUUUACAGGAAAAACAACAGUCAUUAUCAAUUCCCAGUUCGGAUAAGCUAUCGGUUCGACCACGAUCCCGGCUUUCGUCGAUCAAUACGCUGUUUGGUACUCCAAGAUCGAGUUUUGAUUCAACCAUGUUGCUCAGAAGUACUAAUCAGGAGAAAAUUCUAUGCGCCAAGAAGAAAGUCACCAGGAUGCUGAUGACGAUUGUAGCAGCAUUCGCUGUCUGUUGGCUUCCAAAUUACUUAUGGUGGCUGCUUGUAAGAGCAUCGGAUUUGGCGGGUACUCCAAUAUGGCACUCUGGUCUGAACAUGGCCCUAACGAUACUCACGUAUAUCUCGUCCACAACGAACCCGGUCACCUAUUGCUUCAUGAACAAAGGAUUUCGUACAUCAGUGCUAUCCUAUUUCACAAGGCGGAAGAAAUCGGUAAAUAGCCAACGUUCCAUGUGA